GGGAGGCAUACUGGACACCACAACAAGAAUACAUCUAUUCAGCUGGGCUCCUCCUAUUCUGCAGUUUCACUUUGUGAAAGGCCACAGGAGGAUACCACUUCCCAUUCGAACAUCUCUGCGGUUUGCUAAAAGGACAUCUUUAUAAACAGACGUUGCACGCGUGGUCCCUUUUGUUUGGAAGAACGGAUUUCGAAUGCUGCUUCUACUGACUGAUGCCUUGUGAAGACCAUGGCUGUGUACAUGCAGUCAGACAGCUGUGGAUCUCAAACAAAAAAUUGAUGUAGUGUAUCUACAAUGACAUUGCAUUUAGACAGAACACCUAAAUAGCAAUGAAACACGGUUCUUCUGAAAUAACGAGCAAGGAGUUGACUGUGGGAAGAUGCAGAAGGGGAGAGGAUGAGGGCAAAGACACAGAUUGUUUGCAGCAGUUCCCCCACUGUCCAGCUUGUAAACAAGACUAUGACAUCACUCUGAUCCUGCCAUGCUCUCACACCAUGUGUGGUCAGUGUGUAGCAGCUGGAGAGGGAGCGAGGCUACGCCGUCAACCCAUGUGCUCUGUGCGGUGCCCCUGUUGUCGGCAUCCUGUGGAGCUGCCGUGCUUGACCUGGUCAUCUGCCAUAUCUUGCCUCCCAAAACAUCCCAGCAUGAGAUCUAAUCAUGUCAACAGAGAGGCCUCACCUGAGGAUCACCCGCCACAUGUGCAGGAGGACAGCAGUAAAGUAACAGGUCAGACCAGUUUAUACUAUUCCAGUGUUGCCAGUUCCACGAUAACACCAGUGGAUGGUGCUGUAGAUCUCCGGGAGGAGGAAAUGGAGGCUUCUGUCUUUGGACUGCAUUUUGCUCUGGAUCAUCUUGAUGCUUCAACUGCCCCACCAUCUCUCCGUCUUUCUGACUCCUCUUUAACUGUCACCUACCACGAAGAGAAUCCCCCUGUACCAGCUCCAGAAGGCAAAAUUGGAAGACCUGUGAUGACCUCAGACCCAGGGACUCUCCAUCAUAUUCGUGCUGAUGUAGUAAUUGCACGGGGGCAGUACUACUGGGAGGUGGAAGUGUGUAAUAGCUCCAUCUACAAGAUUGGUGUGAUCUCAGUGGAUGGUUCUAAUGGCUGGUGGCUUGAGAGGCACAGUUUGACUUUUUGGGCAGUGUAUGAUGGGAACUGUGAACAACUUUGUACCAUCCCACCUCAGAUCAAAACCAUUGGGGUCUUCCUAAACAUUGGAGGAGGGACCCUAAGCUUCCACAACCCUCUAACCCAGGAGCAUCUUGCCACACUGCCAACACGUUUCAGCAAUGCUGGAGUGGUCCCAGCCCUGGGCCUGGGCCAGGGCAGACUGAGACUGCGCUGUGGCCUACCCCCACCUGUUUACGUAUUUCUUAGUAAGAGCUCAACCUACAGGGAGCCUCAUGGAAACAGCAGAAGUGAGUGGCGCCAAGAGGUUCCCUUUCAGUCGGUUAGGAAAGUGAUCCAGAAGUUUGAGAAGCUGGCACUUUCUGACUCAGACUCAGGUCUGGUGUCCAGUUUUGGAUCAUCAUGCUCCACCUUGGCUUCCUUUCCAGAUGUGGGGGUUCCUGGGACCUUUCAGUCAGGGAAAGCAGGACAGGAAACUGAACCCUAAUAAGAAGAGCUUGUGAAACCUUCUCUUCAAUGAAAGGAUAAACAAAAACUCCCACAGAUGACCUGUGUAGUUUUAACUUUAGCUGUCAUUUGAAAGGCUAAUUUUUAAUCUUCACAGACUUUUGGAAGUGUCUCUCCACUCCCUGCGUGACCCCCGGACCUACAAUUGACUUUCUCACCAGGAGACAACCUUUUUCUCAGCUAAACAACCCCCACAGAUUUGGCUUGGGCCAGAAAGAGUCCUCUGUGAUGUGAAGUGUGAGGAAAGGGUGGGUUUUUAGCAGCAGGACUCCUUGAUUUGUCUCUGUGUGAUGGUUGUCAGACAGUAGGGGUCCUGUGCUCAUAGUGCGCACAUUUGUUUGUGUGUGUGAGAGAGCAGAAGCACUAACUCUGAGCAUUUGCUCAGUUAGUCUUGGAUUUCAAGGUGUGUUUGUGUGUGUGUUUGCGUGCAUAGGAAGAACCACUGUACAAGUAGCCGGGGGUGGAGAUGAUGAUGCAUGAGUACAGCGACACCAGCAGUGUUGACACAGAGCACCAAGGACAGGUGGUAUACUACGCUUAUCCUGCAGCCUGUCUUUGAUAGGACAGUAAGCCUGCCCCUUUCUGACCCUUUGAAACCCAUAGGGCCUCUAAAGACUUUAAAAGAGCAGAGAGGGAAAAGACAAAACAGCAUGCAUAAAUUAAAGACAACAGGUGAUGGACUGGACAAAAAGGAAUGAGCUCAGAGAGUGAUUCCCAUCUGCUUUCACUUCCAAGACAUCCUAAUGGAUCAAAUGGCUCAGACCAUAUUUUUAAGGCAGCAUACAGUAUAUUAAUAGAAUGGCAUACUUUUUUACAUUGCCAAUUUGCUCAUUGAACUUUAAGAAGAAUCAAACAGGGAAAUCAAUUAAAUUGAAACAAUCUUUAUUCAACACUAUUUAAUUACAGUGUCAAAUCUUCAUUAAAACCCGACAAGACUUUAAGACAAAUGCAUAAAGUCUUCUCACACAGAGCACACACUGAGGAAUGUUUACUGCGUUGUUUUUUUUUAAAUGAAAACCAAACUUUACUGGAAUGUCUUUUGAACUAAAAGCCUAGCUAUAAAAUACUUUAUAUUAAUUACACAAUUACUGCAGUCACAGGUCUAAUGACUACUUUAUGUGCUGUGCCGGCUCAGCAUUCACAAUAAAGUGGUUUAUAUUUGUGUUGUGCACUCACUGAAAUCAAAGUUAUUUUGUUUGCAAAUAUCUGGAUGUGCAUGUUAAGCUGUCUGAGAUAUUAUAAGACAGAUGUGGCACACACAUAAAUUUGGAAGACAAAUCUAUUGAAGAAAUGGCACAGAUGGCAUCUGUCUCGCCUCUCCGCUGA